UACCAAUCAAGCAGGACUUCACUCGCUGAGACUGAGCCUCUGAGGAGACACAUUUCUUCGAAUUUUACGUAUAUUUUGCAUUUUAAGAAAAGAAUGGCAUCAAUCAAGGUACAGAAAUCAAGGUUCGCACUUCUUAAGAUCGAGGAUGAUGAUUCGGACGAUGGACAAAGGAAGGACUCACAAUCUGGGAAGAAAAGCGCCGGUCAAACAAACGCGCAGAAAAAGAAAAACAAGAAGAAAAAACAACAGCAAAACCAAGCAGAAAUAGAUGAAUUGAAGCACUUAGCCUUUGGUGUACCAGCCAAAAAUCAGACUCACUCUGGAUCAGGACAUCACCAAGUAAAUGGUAGCAGUGUCCCAGAUAAACAGUGGGAUGAAUGGCAGAAACUUGAUACUGAGUAUGCAGCAGACACAUUUGAAAAAGAUCUUCAGCAAGCUUUGUUAAUGAGUAAACUAGAAAAUGAACAACAGAAACAGCAACCCAAAAAUGGCACAGACAAACAGAAAGGUGAUGGGGAUGUAAAAGAGAAUAAGAAGAAGAAAAAGAAAGAAAAACAAGCAAUGUCUCUAGAAGAAUUUAACAGACAAUCACAGGAGAAAAAAUCACAUUCAGAUGAACUUGAUGUACCUCCCUCACCAGUCUCCACAACUAAAGUGCCUCCACCAGCCUCAGAUACAAAAUUCUUUGAUACUGUAGAAAGUGAUGUAAACAGAAUACUCAGGCAAGAAAAAAUGCAGGAAGAAUAUAAAAAGCAAUAUGCAGCAGAAUCAGUAAUUACAGCAAAAUAUCAGGAACAGAUUAAUAAGAUGGAGAAAGAAGUGGAGUUUUUAAGAGCAACAAUGAAGAAACAAGAGGAAGAGCUGAAACAAGUAAAGAAAAGAAAUAAACAGUUGUGUGUUAUUUUAGCACAAGGUGAAAUGAAAGACAAGGCGGAAGUAUUAAUGCAAGUUGAUCAACUAACUGGCGUUAAAGAUGAACUCACAGAACAGGUAUCUGAACUGACAGCGGAGUUAGAGAAAGAAAGAUCUAAAGUUCAUUCAUUAAAAGCUGAACUGGACAAAUUAAAGGGUAGCAAACACAAAUGAUAGAUUCAAGUGUUUUAAACUGGAAGAAUAAAGACAGUGCAUGUAAAUGGAAGGACCAGUGACAUUUCUAUAGCAUAGCUGACUUUUUAAAGGGCAUUCAGAGUUCAUGACAGAUAUCUUUCAAUUUGUUGCUUGGCAACUGUUUUACAUCAAGCAACAUAUCAUUAUUGCCAUAUUCUCUAAUUUUCACAAUAAAGUAUGGAAAAAUUA